AUCAGCGACGCCGCGCAGCUACCUCAGGACUACUGCACCACGCCCGGGGGGACGCUGUUCUCCACCACGCCGGGAGGAACACGAAUCAUUUAUGACCGAAAGUUUCUGUUGGAUCGACGCAAUUCUCCCAUGGCACAGACCCCGCCUUGCCAUCUGCCCAAUAUCCCUGGAGUCACCAGCCCUGGCACCUUAAUUGAAGACUCCAAAGUAGAAGUGAACAACUUGAACAACCUGAACAAUCACGACAGGAAGCAUGCAGUUGGAGAUGAGGCUCAGUUUGAAAUGGACAUCUGAUUGCUGCAGAAUUGAAGGAGACUGCGUGUGACCUGACUGGGCCAGUAGUAACGCAGUGAACCGAGAAGCAGCAGUUCCCUUUCCCCUCCCUCUGGGUGCCAAAUGAUGGGAAAUGUGCUCCAUUUGACCACAUCUUCCCCUCUCUCCUGCCCCUGCACAGUUAUGGUUAGGAUGAAAGCCCUUGGAUUACUCUGUUGAACUGAUCGAUUGACCCAUAGAGGAAAGCAGUCCCUACAGCUUCCCUGGUCGUUUCCUAAGAAUCUUCCUGCUCCCUUCAGAUUCAUCCCAAGUCCAGGGACUCCCUAAGAAGCAUCUCUCUACCUGUGGUGGCUGGGGAAGAAGGAUGUUUGGUGCCCGCUGCUGUGCCUGUACUGACUCUGUCUUCCCUCCCUGCAUCCCAUCGGUGAUUCAGUGCUGGGUGUGGGAUCUUUAAACCUUUUGGGGUAAUGAUAAACAAUGAGCUGCUUGCCCUACCCCUGGAGAUGCUUGUCCUCAGUACUGGAGCACAGCUCUUGUACCUCCUGCAGCGCCAACUGCAUUCCUGGGACACAUGGCAUCAGUCUCCCUUUUCUCUGGGAAGAAGGCUUCUGUCUUGGGUGUGAUUGCUCAUCUCCCUGUUCCCUUACCUAAUUCAUUGGCACGGGUAUUUUUUAAGCCCUCUCCUGAAGAGAUCCCUGGGUGACCAGCUGGUCUUGGCCUGUCUGCCGUUCUUCCUACCUGCAUCUUGCAGGCAAGAGUUCUCUUCACUCUGAGAUACCCUGUGACUUUUGUCUACUCCCAGAGCAGUCAUUUGAAGUGCAAGUGCUGUGGCCUCCAUCUGGUGGGUCUGCCUGAGAAUGCCCAACUGUGGCUUCUGAGGAGGACUGAGCCACACAAGUAGCCAGCUUCAGUAGUCAUGGUAGACCUUAGCAGGUUGCUAUCCUGCAGUUUUAUAUUUUGACUUUAAAGUUGACUUCCCCCCCCCCACACACACACACACAUAUCCUCCUUUGAAUCUGCUUUGUACUUGGCUGCCGAGAGAAAAGCAUGGGCUAAAAAAGUGUGUUCCUCCCCGUUUCCCUGCCCUUCUCAUUGUAGUUCAUCCUUCCUGCUUCCCUCCUCCUUCCCUUUUCAGGCCUCACUCUCUUUCCUUCUGGUUCUUCCACCAGGCCAUUUUCCAAAUCUACAUCAAAGGUACCUCAACAUGUUGGUAUCUGAUAAUACCUGUCUCUUAUUAGAGGAGAGACCUUUUAUUUUUAAGAUGACUACAGACCUAUUUUUAGAUAAGUUUUCAGUACAAUUUUGAACUGCAACUUUUUUAACAAAACAUCUUCCAGUAUUAGGAAGGUUAUUUAAAAAACAAAAAAAGUUCCUAGGCAAGUCUACUGUCCUUUGUCUCUCACUGUUCUUUCUGAGCUCCUUCCUGUGCUCUCAAGUUUGGGGGACUAAUGGGUGGUUUGUGAAACUGGAUCAGUCUGCCUUGCUAUGAGUUGUUGACAAAAACUUCAUUCCUUUCCUUUACCUGUUUGCUCUCGUGCUCCUCCUCCCCACCGCACUUUCCUGGGACUGUGGACCGACAUGGUGAUCCCAGGAGAGAGAGAGACCCCGAUAGACAGACUUAUGCAUCCAUCCUCCUAAAGGAAGACAGUACAGCAGCCACUGGUGUCCUGGGAGUUUCUGGUUGUAUUGGAUGCCUAUCUAAGCCCUCUUAGUAAGAUUUCAGAUCCCCAUUGGCUGGGAAAGAAAGCUGUUUGUUUUUCGUUUGAACCAUGGGAAGACCCUAUUUUGUGAAGACUUUAGAAAAAAGAAAGGAAGGACAUCUGCAGAACUUGGUUCUGUUUUCUGCUACACAAUGUGAAUAGCUCGGACUGCAACCCUCUGUGACGGUCGCUGUCUCAGGAAUAAGCUGGGUCUCCAAUGUUUGGGGAUUCUUGGAGUCUCCAAGUUGAUAAUCAGAAGAGUUUUAUUUCUUUGUUAAAUGUAUCUGUUGUGUUUUUAAUUAAACUCCAAAUUUCAUUUCCUGGAGUCUUGGGAAAACUUAAGUUGUGCUGCCAGUGGCAUAAGCAGUUUGCUCAGGACCUCUGUACCCUGGAGCUUCAUUCUUCAGGAGCAAGGCUCAUGGUUCACACACUGGUGUUGGCACCCUGUGGACUCUUGGCUCCAGCUGCAGUGAGGAGGUGUGAGGGUGCAGAACACCCGCUUCCUCAUUGAAUGGCUGCUUGCAGCAGAGUGGCCUCCUGGACCCACAACUGGGAAAGGAUGUUGAGUAGAAUCGAGAAACUUACUCUUUUCUUGCCAUCUUGGGGAGCCUGCAUGUGUGCCCCUCCCCCUCAAUCAGAAGACAUGUCUAGUAUUCCUUGAAGUGUCACCUGUUUGGUGCAGGAGUCUUUUAGCCUUAUGUCCUCUGCCAGGACCCCUCACUGCUUGUUGCAGACCUUAUAUGAAGGUCACCAUUACCCAUUCUUUGAUCUCCAUAAAUCAUAAUUGUAAGAUGAUUGAACAAGACAAGAAAUAAGCUUCCAACACAGAGGGCAUCUUUGUGUCAUGCUUCAUGGGCCAUUUUGUAGUAGGCAGGGUUCAUAGAGGGUUACCUCUGGGUGUUCAGAGAGUCUCAUAGCUGUAGACCUAAGUAGAGGACAUAAGCUCCUAAUCUGCCAGCCUCCCAUCUGAGUACAACAGCUAUGUAAAUCUUGGUAACUGUGUGUGCCAUUUCUAUGAAGGAUAUGCAAUCUGCACUUGAGACAGUCCGUCUACAUGAGCAAGAACCUCCAGCUCUAGGAGGAGACACACCAGCAGUGACCUUCCUUCUGAGUUCCCAGUCCUCAUGUUCUGCUGAAGUAGGUGUUUCCUUGCCUUCUCCAGGGCACUGGAGUGGAAAAGCUGGCUUCUAGGCAAGAGUUCAUAUGAGUUCUCUAUUGCUGUGUAACAAAUUACCUGCAAGCCUAGUAUCUUACAAUAGUGAACAUGACCUGUCAGUGUCUCUCAAACAGGGUUAGGGGCUGCUUACCAUGGAGCUUUAGCAUAGGGUCUCUGUUGGGUAUGUAUUAUGCCACAGCACCUGGCUUCCUCCUGAGUGACUGAUCCCAGAGGAGGUGGAUAAGAAGAAAGUUGCAGUGCCUUUAAACCACCAUGCCCCUAACAGGAGGAAAGUGGUCCUCAGGGAAGUGAGGAUAGCUACAGCCAUAAGCUGGGUGCACAUUGCUAUCAAAACAGCCCUCUAAGGUGGGACCAAACUGGGAUAAAAGACUUAUUUUUCCCCAAAGCUACCCAUUUGUCUUAAGAGAAGUGGCAGGAAAUGAAGAUUCCCAGAUCCAUUGCAUUGUGUCUGCCUGUCUUCUCAAGAAUGCUUGCUCUUGCAAGGUUCUGAGAUGGCCUCUUUAAGCAUCAUUUACCCCUUCUGUCUUUAGUCCAGAAUUGACAAAAGGAAUUGGGGGCAUGCCUGUGCAGCCACACAAGCUUUCUUAACUGGAGCAGGCCUUGUCAGACAGGAAGCAAAGGAUGUUGGAUGUUAGGUUCUUGAGUUGCAAAACAGGAAGCAGUUCGUGCUCCUGGUGAUUGUAUCGUGGCCAGGUGGUACCUGAGUCUGUGCAUUGGUCAAGGUGUCCCACCCAGACCAACUUCUCUAUAAGCCAGGGGCACCUGAGAAUGCAGAUGUCUAUAUGUGCUUGAUUGCCUGGUCAGUGCAGCAUGCUAAGUAGCCUAUUGCCUCCUGGACUGGUGCUCUUAAAAAGCAGCAGUCUUGUUUUCACCUGUAGGGGGAGCUUAAGAGGUAGCUCACCAGUGCCUCAGAUCUCAUGAAAGGUCUUCUUGUUCCUGCUAGCCAUUCUCCCCAUCCUUAGAUGGAGGCUCUUGUUUGAAUUGGUGCUGUCUUUACUAGCAUUUUCUUUUCUGUAGCCAUACUUGCUGUAGUAUGUACUUCAGGUACUAGUGGUUGGUGGGUUUCCUUCUAAUCUGAAGGGUGGGGGAUGGGGAGCUCUUGUGUUGCUGUCUCCUUGGGCCUCUCAGACCUUGGCAGUUCAGUUGUGUUCCAUUGAGAGUCUAUCCAGCCUGCUUGUAUGGACUGCCACUGUGAGUUGGUCACUAGUGUACAAGACUCAAGUGUUGGCAGCCAUCUAUCAGGGAUGGAACCUCCUUCCUGUCUCCAUCUUGGGUGCUGGAUGCUUUAGGUGGGUAUGGUGUAACCCUUUUUGUUCCCUCUAAAGGAAAGGCACCACUGUCUUCAUGUAGUUCUUUAGUGUGUUUUCUGGACUUCAUGCCCACGGCAGCUAUUUAUUAAUCUGCGAAAACCCAAUCACUGACCCAUCCUUACCGUGGAAGGUGGGAUUUGUAGUGGAGGAACGCCAUUUCUUCUUGGGGUAGAGGGUUCUGUCUGAACUUCUAAGUAGGGCAUGAUUACCCACAGCUCCUUGCCUCUGGGCUUUUAGUGACGGGAAUUCGGGUUGAGGCAGUCCUUCGGUGCGUAUCAUCCAGGCAUGCUUCCUGCUCUGGUAAUGGUUUCCACAUUAGUCACAGAAACUUGACUGAAGACUGUAAGGAUGACUGACGGAUCCUCAUUUUUCCAGUUGAUCAAUCAAGAUACCUUCCCCACCCUCUGAAACUGUAGCUUCACCUUAGACAGGUCCUGGAAGCUGGUGCCUGUUGGUAGAGCUUAACUUUCAAAAUUCUUGGGUGGUCUGUGGUUUCUCUCUGCUUGCUUGGCCUUUCCUGUAGCCCUAGUGGGCCAUACUGUGUGUCCAGUAGAAAAGACUACUGAGCUGAAACAGUUCCCAGUGAAUACAAGCACGUGUUUACCUUUCUGGGGUAGAAGGGUGGCCAUGAGAGGAAGCUCCUGCCAGGGCUUCAGACCAAAAUCCAGGGCAUUGCAAACUUAGAGAAUUCCAUGGAUCCAGGGCAUUGCAAACUUAGAGAAUUCCAUGGAUCCAGCGCAGAAUGCCCAUUCUUGCCUCUACAUCCCCUUCCUCUCCGUUUCAGUCUUAAAAACUGCCCAGGCCUGGGGGUUAUGACUGGAGGGCAGGACAUGGGGUCACCAGCAGAACCACACUGCCUCACGCCAAUGCCUUUGCUCCACUUGAUGGCACCUGGGCCAGCUCCAGUAAGCCUCAAAGAAGGCAACUUGAAGAGCCCCAAGGACUCCCGGUUCCUGGUUGUCCAUUUUAAGAAUCCUGGUGUUUUCUGAUAGACUGUCCCCUGUUCACUGCUGCAGCUGUAGCCAUGUGGAAUGGAAUUUGAGAGGCUGCCAGUACUUCCCUUGGUCCUCCCACUUUGUCCCCUUGAUGUGCUGUCCCCUCACCUCCCUUCAUCACUGUCAGCAAUGGUCAGUGGGUUCCAUGCAAUCUUAAGACAGUCGUGUGUGAUUCCAUGACCAGUUUGUUUUCUUACUGUCCUUACAAGCUAGCAGGUGUUUGGAACCAGGGAAAAAUUCUCACCAACGGUUGCUGUUACAGUUAAAUAAAGACCUUGAAUAUUGA